GAAAAUUUACAAAAUCAAAAUGUUGGCUAGGGCUUUGAGAUCUGAAUCUGCUUCAGCUUCAGCUAGAUUGGGCAGCACGAGAUUGAUUCAUCUUCGUUCCGCCAAGACACGUACGGCUAAUUCGAAGAGCUUACCUUCUUUGGGUGAAGGUACUUUUUUAGGAGAUGAAUUGAAAUUGACAAGUGGGUUUCAUUAUAUCAAAACCUUAGAUGAUGCCAUUGUUUUGUUCGAUGAAAUGGUUCGAUCUCGUUCCUUGUACUACUCGGCUAUCGAUUUCAAUAAAGUAAUAGGUUUGGUAGUGAGAAUGAAUCGUCCCGAUGUUGCGAUUUCUCUCUAUCAGAAGAUGGAACUGCGCAGGAUCCCAUUUAAUAUCUACAGCUUCAAUAUUCUGAUCAAAUGCUUCUGUGACUGUCGUAAGUUGUCCUUUGCUCUGUCUACGUUUGGAAAGAUGGCCAAACUUGGUUUCCAGCCCGAUGUUGUUACGUUUAACACGCUGCUCCACGGGUUAUGUCUAGAAGAUAGGAUCUCUGAAGCCGUAUUUUUGUUUGAUCAAAUGGCUGAAAUGGGAUGUACACCCGAUGUCAUAGCGUUCAACACACUCAUGAACGGUCUUUGCCGUGAGGGUCGAGUUCUCGAAACACUAGCUCUUGUUGAUCGGAUGGUAGAAAAUGGUCAUCAACCUGACAUUGUUACUUAUGGAGCAAUCGUAAAUGGAAUGUGCAAGAUGGGCGACACUGAGUCAGCUUUGAAUCUUCUUAGGAAGAUGGAUACAAACCACAUCAAAGCCCAUGUUGUAAUCUAUAACGCCAUCAUUGAUCGUCUUUGCAAAGACGGACAUCAUAGCGAUGCUCACAAUCUCUUCAGUGAAAUGCAUGAGAAAGGAAUAGUGGCAGAUGUGUUUACCUACAACUGUAUGAUAGACGGGUUUUGUAGCUUUGGUAGAUGGAGUGAUGCUGAAAAAUUGUUGCGUGAUAUGAUUGAUAGGCAAAUCAAUCCUGAUGUUGUAACUUUCACUGCAUUGAUCAGUGCAUUGGUCAAAGAAGGGAAGUUCAUUGAGGCUGACAAAUUGUGGGACGAGAUGCUCCGUAGGGGUAUAUAUCCUAAUACAGUCACAUAUAACUCAAUGAUCCAUGGAUUAUGUCUAGAAGAUAGGAUCUCUGAAGCAGUAGCUUUAUUUGGUCAAAUGGCUGAAACGGGAUGUACACCCAAUGUCAUAACAUUCAACACACUGAUGAACGGUCUUUGCGGCCAGGGUCGAGUUCUGGAAGCAGUAGGUCUGCAACAAAAGGAUCAUCUAUCAACUAGAGGAUGAAUAAAAAAGAAUGGAAGACUUUACAGUUUUUAAAGUUUUUAUUCCAUACGAAUUCAAAUUUGUUAUAUCGGAUAUCUAUCAUCCUUCUUGGUCUUCUUGCAAACAUGUAGAGAUUGGUCAGCUUUUGUGUGUGUUAGAUUUUAUAUCAAACGUUUGCGUUUUGUUGGUGUUAAAUAAUA